CAGACUGGAUCCAGGGUGUAUAAAAACAGGGGCAAGGCGCAGGCUGAUAGCAGAGCAAUCACCACCAAGUCUGUAAACGCUGCAAGGGCUUAACGGAAGGCUGCCUGAGGAGCCAAGGAGGAAGGAUGGAGCAAGGAAUGAAUGCUCUUCAUGACUUUGGGAUCCAGUCAACGCACUACCUCCAGGUGAAUUACCAGGACUCCCAGGAUUGGUUCAUCUUGGUGUCCGUGAUCGCAGACCUCAGGAAUGCCUUCUAUGUCCUCUUCCCCAUCUGGUUCCAUCUCCGUGAAGCUGUGGGCAUCAAGCUCCUCUGGGUAGCUGUGAUUGGAGACUGGCUCAACCUCGUCUUUAAGUGGAUUCUAUUUGGACAGCGUCCAUACUGGUGGGUCAUGGACACCGAUUACUACAGCAACACCUCCGUGCCACUGAUAAAGCAGUUUCCAGUCACCUGUGAGACUGGACCAGGGAGUCCCUCUGGCCAUGCCAUGGGCACAGCGGGUGUAUACUACGUGAUGGUCACAUCCACCCUCGCUAUCUUUCGGGGAAAGAGAAAGCCAACCUACAGAUUUCGGUGCUUGAACAUCAUUUUGUGGUUGGGAUUCUGGGCCGUGCAGCUGAACGUCUGUCUGUCCCGAAUCUACCUUGCUGCUCAUUUUCCCCAUCAGGUCAUUGCCGGAGUCUUGUCAGGCAUUGCUGUUGCUGAAACUUUCCGUCACAUCCAGAGCAUCUACAAUGCCAGCCUGAAGAAGUAUUUUCUCAUUACCUUCUUCUUGUUUGGUUUUGCCAUUGGAUUUUACCUGCUGCUCAAGGGACUGGGUGUAGACCUCCUGUGGACACUAGAAAAAGCCAAGAGAUGGUGUGAGCGGCCGGAAUGGAUCCACAUUGACACCACACCCUUUGCCAGCCUCCUCAAGAACUUGGGGACCCUCUUUGGCCUGGGCUUGGCUCUCAACUCCAGCAUGUAUAGGGAGAGUUGCAAGGGCAAGCUCAACAAGUGGUUCCCAUUCCGCCUCAGCUGCACUGUGGUCUCUCUCAUCCUCCUGCACCUCUUUGACUCUUUGAAACCCCCAUCCCAAGUUGAGCUGAUCUUCUAUUUCCUGUCCUUCUGCAAGAGUGCAGCUGUGCCCCUGGCAUCUGUCAGCCUCAUCCCUUACUGCCUUGCCUGGGUCCUGGGCCAGCAGGAUAAGAAGUCUUUGUAAGGGAUGUGGAGCCUUCAGUAUUCAAAGUCAGUGACCGUGCCAACCAUUGAGGGUGGCUAGGGUC